AGCUUUUUAGAAUAGUGUCUAAAGGACGAUAAGAAUGAAUUGUUAGACGCACAGUAAAAAGACAGGAUAUCCAUGUUUGUAAGGUUUUAUUUUUCAAUCAUACAUUUGUGAAACAGAGCUCACAAUAAUGAGAUCUUGUAGAUGCAUUCUGUUUUUAAUUUUAAAGCUGUUUUUCUUUUGAAAAAAGGGACAAAAAUACAGUUAUAAAGGAUACUUUUACUUUGAAGGGGCUUGUAAGUCUUAGAACUAAGAACCAUGUGAGGGGAGUGGAGUCAAACUGAGCUCUGUAGCAGAGGAAUAACAUAAUGUUUCAGUCUGUUAUGGAGAGCCCAUUAAGGAUGUUUUUCUUUUCUAUCUUGAUGAUGAGAUUAUCUGCAGCUGAAGAAGUAAAGAAGAACCUGAUUGGAAUAAUUGGUGGAAACCUCACUUUCCCAGAUCCUCUGCUGGAGUUUGGAUUUCUUUCAAAAGGAAGACAAAUCAUUGCUUCAAUAAAUGAUGGAAAACUUCAGACUUUUGAGGAGAUUUACAUGAACAAACUUCACUGGAGCAAAAACUCUGGACUCUUUAUGAUCACAGACAUGCAGAGGAGCGACUCAGGAAUUUAUACCAUUGACUCUAAAAAAGGAAGAGUUUUCUAUACUUCCUACAAUCUAACAGUUUAUGAUGCUCCUCCGACUCCUGCAGUAGAAAUUCUGACUGUGAGCUCUGAGAUCUGCUGGUUGAUCUGUUCUGUGGACAAUCUGACGUCUCUGCUGUGGUACAAAGAUGAGGAGAUACUGAACCAGAGCAGUUCUGCUGUCUCUUUACCCAUCACUGUCUACAGAAAUGACAGAGACUCGUCUUAUAGAUGUGUAGCAGCCAACCCUGUAGGAAAGAAGACUCUACAUGUUAACCUGACGACAUUCUGUUGGUUCAAUGAGGCAGAAAGUUCUGAUCAUCAAAGUCAAUACUGGGCUCCACUGGUCUUCAGCAGCUUUAUUCUGAUCUUUACUCUGGUCGUCUGGAUGAUGAUCAGGAAGGAAAACGCAACAAGACAAACACGCGGCAAGUAUUGA